AUGGCGAUCUCAUACUACGUUCUUCUAUUUGCUUUCCUCUAUUAUCUCACCAAGCAUUUUCUGAGAAAAUUCCAAAACCUCACACCAAACCCUUAUCUCUCCUUACCCAUAAUAGGCCAUCUAUAUCUCUUCAAGAAACCCCUUCAUCGAUCCUCAGCAAAGAUUUCCAACCAAUAUGGUCCAGUACAGUUCCUUCAAUUGGGUUCUCGCCCUGUCCUCCUUGUAUCAUCCCCCUCUGCAGCAGAGGAGUGCUUUACCAAAAACGAUAUCGUCUUUGCAAACCGCCCCGCUUUGCUUGCCGGAAAACACCUUGGUUAUAAUUACACCACCCUUGUUUGGGCCUCAUAUGGCCACCAGUGGCGCAACUUAAGGCGGAUAGCCACCUUGGAAAUCCUGUCAACUAGUCGCAUUCAAAUGUUUUCUGGCAUACGUAGUCAAGAGGUUCACUCACUAAUAGGGCGGCUUUUUAGAGGGUCCAGUGAUGAUGAAUACCACAUGGUGGCGAUGAAAUCAGCCUUUUUGGAGAUGAUACUCAACAUCAUGAUGCAGAUGAUUGCCGGAAAGCGAUACUACAGUGAAAACUCUACAGAAUUGGAGGAAACAAGAAAGUUCAAGGAGAUUUUGACUGAGACUUUUCUAUUGAGUGGUACAAACAUUGGAGAUUUCUUGCCAAUUCUGAAGUGGGUUGUAUUCAAUGGGAUUGAAAAGAGGUUGAAGGUAUUGCAGGAGAAGAGAGACAAGUUCAUGCAAGAUCUGAUUGAAGAGCAUAGAAGAAUGAGGAGUAAUUCUUCUCCUGAACAGAGGAACAAGACGAUGAUCGAUGUUCUCUUGUCACUCCAAGAAACUGAACCUGAAUACUGUAAAGAUGAAAUCAUCAGAGGCAUUAUGAUAGUAAGUUAUGUUGCUCUGUCUUCUCUUCACCCUCAAUCAUCUAGCUUUAAAGAUGGAGAAUCCACUUGUAUAGUGAUGGUGGGGCGCCGGUUGAGAGAAAACAUGUGCGAGAACCGAGAGGAAGAUUUGGUCGUCGUGGUCAUGUUAUCAGCAGGAACUGACACUUCAGCUGGGACAUGA